CUAUGUUCACAUUCUGAAGUGACAAAAUGAGUUCCAAAGACGAUGCACGAGCUGUGUUCCAGCUCCAACAGUCAGGUGCUAAUUCUCCUGUUAUCAUCAAUGAAAAUUCGAUGUUAGCACCUGUAGUGAUAGAAGAAUUAGAUGAAAGCGUUAUUAGUUCUAUGGAUGUGGAUAUGACCGAAUUUAUUGAAGCCGAAGCUUUAGAAGCUCACGAAGUGCCAGGGCUUAUUGCUGCAAGUGGAAAUGAACCUAAUCAAAGUAAUAAUUUCACCGAUGUACCAUCUGAUGCUGAACGUCAAGAGGUACUAACAGCGGAUGAAGAAGACCGCUUGACAAAGCAAUUUUUAAAUGGUGAACUAACAUUCUCGGAGUACUCUUUUCGGAUGGAUCAAAGCGUAGAGACUGAAGUAGUAGACUCUGAAGUUUCUAGAAAAGCCUUUGAAAAUGAAUUAAUGGCUUCGAAGCAAUUUGGCAUAAGCAAGUCACAGAAGUCAACCAAUGUUUCCCAAACGAAAUCUAAACGUAGAAGACGAAUUCUUCCACCCGCUCUUAAAGGUUUAAUGGGAGAGGCUAAUUUGAGGUUUGCAAGGGGAGAGGUCGACUUAGCGGUACAAAUGUGUAUGGAGAUUAUUAGGCAAGUGCCAAGUGCUCCGGAACCGUUUUACACCUUGGCAAUGAUUUAUGAAAACGAUCAGCCACAGAAAUCUCUUCAAUUUGCUUUAAUAGCAGCUCAUCUUAGUCCAAAAAAUGCUGAUCAGUGGAUCAGACUUGCAAAUCUGUCAUUAGAGCAUGAUAACAUCAAACAAGCCAUAACUUGCUACUCCAAAGCUAUCCAAGGAAACCCGAAAGAUAUAUGUUUGUACGAGACCAGGGCAAAGCUUCAAGAAGAGAUUGGUGACAAAAGGGGAAUUCUUAAAGGAUAUUUCAAGUUACUCCAUCAUUUAACAUCGGAAGAUGGAAAUCAUAUCGUCAAGUGUGCAAAAAUGGUUGCCAAAAGAUGCAUGCAAGACAGCAACAAUGAUCAAGCACUAGAAGCAAUGGAACACAUCUUCACUAAAUGUCCUGAGCUUGUCACUUUGGAGGAAGUUAAUAUUAUGAUAGAGUUGCUUAUCGCAGUGAAACAAUACCGCAGAUGUCUAGACUUACUGACCGAAUAUACAAAAAUUCAAAUACACUAUAAGGCUUCUAAUGAGCAAAACAGUGCGGAUGAUGAUGCAGGAACAAAAGAAAUAAAAAUCGCUAAGGAAAGUUCUCCCAGUGCUCGUGUUCAGAAGACAGAUAACAAAGAAUCCAAGACAAAACUUGAAAUCGAGUCCUGUGAAAUGCCUGAUAACGUAGUCGUAGAUCUGAAAGCAAAACUUCUGGUCAUUCUUAUCGAGUUAGAUCAAAUCGAUGUAGUGAUUAAGCUCUUACCGAAGUUCUACACUACGGAAGAUCCUGAAGUUUCCGGAGACCUGUUCUUAGAUAUUGCUGAGGCAUUGAUGACAAAAUAUAUGUUUCGCAGAGCUCUGGCUCUCCUCGAACGAUUGGUUAAAAGUGAAAAUUACAGUUUGGCUGCCGUGUGGCUGAGACAUGCCGAAUGCUGGGUCGGCUGUCAGAAUGUACAGAAAGCUAUCGAGUCUUAUGAGAUCGUAAGGACCCUUUCCCCUCGACAUUUGGCAGCGAGAAUUGAACUCGCUAAAUUGUACAAAUAUACGAAUCAGUAUCACAGGGCGAUCGAGGUUCUGAAACAAGAUCCUGAAGUGGAUAUCCUGGAUCCAGGAGUGAUGUAUCAAAGAACUUUACUCCUUUUGGAGGUCAAGGAUUAUGGUGAAUUUCUACGGUCUGGGAUGCUGCUACUUUCAAGACACUGUGCUAUCCUUCGUUCCAAAGCUGAACUGCACUGCUUGAUCAAAGCAACCGGUAUCCGUCAACGAAUCGAUGCUUUGAAUCUGUAUCGGCUGUCACGUGGGGAGUCUCUAGAAGAUGAAAACUCUCCUGAUUUUUCUACGAACAAUGAACCCACUAUACGUGAAGAAUUCCUCCUGUUGCUACAGAUAUGCAAAGUUGCUUUUAACCUCAAAAAAUUCGGUCUUCUUCAAAGGGUGUGCUGCAGUGCAUUGACAUCAAGAAAAUUCGAAGAGUUAAAUUCAUAUGUGAUAUUUCUUAGCUUGAUUUCGUGCAUCCAUAACAGGGAUUCUUACUAUGGAUAUAAUUUGGUCCGGGAGCUAGUGCGAGUUUGUCGAAGGUCCAACGCAUGGAAUUUACUGAACGUGGUUAUACAGCGAGCAGAAGAUUGUAGGCACAACAGAUUUAUUAUGCGAAUUUUGGGACAGGAAGAUGCUUUUUCUUAUUUGCAUAUUUUACAUGCAAACAAUUGUCUUGUGUCUGGAACGUACAAGUAUGCUCUGAACGACUACGUUGCACUUUUCAAAGUGAGCCCUAAUCCACUGCUGUGCCUUUUAAUUGGAGUUACAUUUUUACAAAUGGCAUGCCAGAAGUUUUCUGCUAAAAAGAAUCAACUCGUGGUUCAAGCUCUCGCAUUUUUCAAAAAAUAUAAGGAACUUCGAGGAGACGGAGGUGAACAGGAAGUCAACUACAAUAUGGCACGGUGUUACCAUCAGCUUGGCUUACUGCCCGGAGCCAUUUACCAUUACAAAUUGGUUCUUGAAUCUCCAGUGCCUAAACUUAUUCAAGAGCGCUCGAAUCUUUUAGAUUUAAGGAAAGAGGCCGCUUUUAACUUACACCUGAUUUACGUCAGCACUGAGAAUCACCUUUUGGCUAGAAUGUAUCUAGAGAAUUACAUCACAGUGUGACGUACUAGUCUUAAAGUAUAAAAUAAGCCAUAAACCUGUACAUAUAUUUGCCUAUUCUAAACAUUUUUUAAAUAUCUCCAACUACUGUCUUUUUCUUUCCUCGACAAGUCAUUACUUUACUGUAACAGCGAUUUUUUAAAGUGCGGUAGUUGCCAUUUAACUCGGGAUGAAUAAGUAACAUCCUCCUUCAUCGAAAUACCCUUUUCA